CUUCAAGCAAGUCAACCUAUCGUUUCCUCCUUGUCCCUCACCAUGGACUUCUCGAAGCGUAUGAAGGAUUUGAUUCUUCCGCCGGCACCUCCGAGCAUUAAACCGAGUGCCAACUCCAGCGCUGCUGCCACCACUACGACGGUGCAGUUGGCUCCUCCGGCUUUGAAUGUGCUGGACCUGAAUGAACACAAAGGUGUUCGACGCGCUCCCAUCAAGGAAGACGCUGUAGAGCCGGGUGACCUUGACAGCGCUCAGCAUGUCCGCGUUCCCAAAAACAACCAAACCCGUGCCAUGAUCACCAAAGCCCUGAAAGCCCACUACCUCUUCAGCUCACUGGACCAAGGUGAGAUUGACGAGAUGAUUGACGUCAUGGCCAUGGUCACCAUUCAAGCUGGGGAACCGGUCAUCGCACAGGGCACGUCGGGCAAGUGCUUCUAUGUGCUGGAGAGCGGCAACUGUGACAUCGUGGUCGACGGCAAACUGGUGGGUACCUACACGAACGGCGAUGCGUUCGGUGAGCUUGCGUUGCUCUACAAUUGUCCUCGAGCUGCUACGAUCCGUGCCACUACGGGGUGUAUUCUUUGGACGGUGGAGCGCACUACGUUCCGCAAGAUCAUGGCUACCACGGCUUCGGCCACGCAACUCGCUCGCGUCAACUUCCUCAAGAACGUGGAGCUACUGCAACGUCUAAGCAACAACCAACUGCAAAAAGUGGCGGCGGCACUCAAGCUGCAGCGGUUUAACGACGGCGAUUACAUUAUUCGUCAGGGUGACGACGGCAACACCUUUUACAUCAUCGUCGAGGGUACCGUACGCUGUACAUCUCGAAUGAGUGGAAAUGAUGAAGCCGAGAAGGAGCUUAUGACACUUCAACGCGGCAACUACUUCGGUGAGAUGGCUCUCGUGCUGAAUGAGCCACGUCAAGCGAACUGCAUUGCCGUGGGCGCUGUGGACUGCUAUGUCAUGGACCGUGCGGAAUUCACCAAGCUGCUUGGCCCGCUUCGAUCUUUAAUCGAUCGUCAGAUGCGCAUCCGUGUCCUGCGUAGCGUGCCGCUGUUGUCUUCUCUGACCGACGAUGAACUCGACAUCCUCGCGCAUGCUCUCAACGUCGUGGCAUUCGAGGACAAGAGUACUAUUAUCAAGGAAGGUGAUGAUGCCGAUACCUUCUACAUGAUAUCGGACGGUAAGGUGAGCGUCCGCAAGUCCGGAUUCGAGAUCAUGCAGCUCCGUUCAGGCGAGUUCUUCGGUGAGCGUGCUCUUCUCGCUAACGAACCACGUGCCGCCGACUGCGUUGCUGUCGGUCGUGUGGAAUGCCUCACCCUUCAGCGUGCAGCUUUUGAGCAGCUUCUUGGCAAGCUUGACCACAUCAUGCAGCGUGAGAUGCAACGCCAACAGCUCGUCCAGCAGUCCGUUAUGGGUGGACGCACUGACGUUCGCGCGGACACUGCAACCCCGAUAGUACCGCCGGCCAAAAAGAUCUUGUACAAGGACCUGGACAAGAUCCGCACCAUUGGUACAGGAACUUUCGGACGUGUGAUAAUUGUGCGUCACCGUCCUACGAACCAGGCUUUUGCUCUAAAAUGCAUGUCGAAAGCUCAGAUCGUCGAGACGCACCAACAGAAGAACGUCAUGUACGAGAAAGGAAUCCUCGCCGAAUGCGACCACCCGCUCAUCCUCAAGCUGCACGAAACGUACCAAGACGCCAACCAACUCUACAUGCUGUUUGAGCUCGUACAGGGCGGUGAACUUUGGAGUCUACUCUAUGAGAAGGCUUACAAGGUCGCUAAGGGUGUCUGUGGCGCGUUCGACGUCUCAGCCGCAAGGUUCUACGCUGCGAACGUGGUUGAGGCUCUCCGCUAUCUCCAGAAGAUGACGGUCGCCUACCGUGACUUGAAACCUGAGAACCUGGUUAUCGACAGCGCCGGAUACCUCAAGAUGGUCGACUUUGGCUUUGCCAAGCACGUGCCGUACUACCGCAAUGGUGCGUUGUACGAACGCUCCUUCACUCUUUGUGGUACCCCGGAGUAUCUCGCCCCCGAGCUUGUGUUAAACAAAGGCCACGGCAAGGCAGUGGACCACUGGGCGCUUGGCUGUCUGCUGUACGAGCUCAUUGCCGGUCGCACUCCAUUCCAGCACAAUGACCAGAACAAGAUCUUCGAGAAGAUCCUCCAGGGUCGCGCUAUGGUCAAGUUCCCGUCCAAGUUUGAUCCCGAUGCCAAAGACUUGGUCAUGAAGCUGCUGGAGACGAACCCAGCACUGCGUAUCGGCUCACUGGCUGGAGGUAUGCAGGACGUGGUGAACCACCCGUUCUUCACGAACGCCAAGUUCGACUGGGCUGCCAUGGUCAAGAAAACUUUGAAAGAUCCGUACACACCCGCGAUCAAGGACGCGUUCGAUGCUGGCAACUUCGAUGCCUACCCGGAGGACACGAAGAUUCGAACAUUCACAGGCAGCGACACCUUUGAAGGCUUUUAA